UCGUUUAGUGGUAAAUGGCUCUUCUGACAUUUAUUUAAUGGCGAUUUAAAUGGCUUUAGUUUGUAAUUGCUUCGUCUCAUUUGAAUGAGGAGCUUCUUGAAGCUUCUCUUCGAAAAUAGUAUUUUUGCACAAAUAGGUGAUUCGAGUUAAUUAAGUGAAAAUUUGUCAUUGGAAAAGAAGAUUUAUUGGAUUAAUUCGUAUUAAUGGAAGCCAUAACGCAGCUAACGCUUCCAAGAAAACCUAAUAACGAAUCCCAAUUGUAUCCUUUACCAAGCAUUCCGGAAUUUAAGGAAAGGGAAAUCAGGGAAGCAUUGCUAGAUGAAGUAACAUCCCACUGUUGUUAUGGCAGCAAAGCAGCUAAAAACAUGCAAUUUACGAGCAUUAAGCAUUCAAUAGCAUUUCAGUAUGCUUUGGAAACAUUCACUGAAAAGAGAACCACCAAUUGGAUUACAGAGCCUUAUUGCAUUCAGAAUGGGUUUAUUGAUAGGCAAGAUGAUAAUAACCCACCUCCAGACCUAUGGGAUGUUCCAGCUCAACCUAAAAUUUACUUCAAAAAUUGCGUGUAUCAACAAGAACUACCACACACAGCUGCCGUCGAGACCUGCGAUGAAUGCGACGGAGAGGGAAAGUACGAAUGUCCAACCUGUCUUGGACAAGGAUGGGAGUUUUGUCCUUAUUGCCAUGGAAACAAGUACAACCCCCUCUACACAGACAGCUUUGAUGGUGACUGUAAUAAAUGUGACAGUGGGGAACGAACAUGUUGGGAAUGCAAUGGCGACGAAGACGUUUGCUGCAAGACGUGUACCGGGACUGGAGAAAUGAAAUCGUACAUUAAAUUGAUGGUGGUAUGGGACAAUAAUGUUGAUGACCACGUGGUGGUCGAAAAGUCAGUUGGUUUAACAGCUGAUCAAAUUCGAAAUGUAUCUGGCUCUGUUGCUUGCGAAGAAGAAGGCAUAAGUCUGUUACCUCUGAAUCAUUUUCCAAUUGCAACGGUGGUCAAAGCGUCAGAGCAUCUUAUUCAACUUCAUAAGCAGAAAUUCGAGGACACUAAGGUUUUAAAACAGAGACAUCGAGUGUAUCUGAUUCCAGUUGCAACAGUUAAUUAUACAUGGAAAGAAUACGAAGGAGUAUUUUAUGUCUAUGGAUACGAAAAGGAAGCUUACGUGCCAGAUUAUCCAGAAAAAUGCCGAUGUUGCUCAAUCUUGUGAAAAAUAAUAAAAUUUUUCUGUGUCUGAAUUUGUUGCUAU